AUGGACCUAAAUCCUCAUCAAAUGCAUACUUACAUGUCUGCUUCAGAUCCAGUCUCUUGUGUGUUUGCAACCACCACUCAUGACCAUCGUAUUCAUCUUAUAGCACAGGACAGCUAUGUUGCACAUAUCGAGCAUAUGACGCCAUGGAUGAAACAACUGUUGCCUUCUCAAUUGGUGUCAACCCCUCAGGAACAAAGAUAUUUGUUGGAUACAACAAAUCCAUCAGGAUAUUUGAUAUUCAUCGCCCUGGUAGAGAUUUCCAACAACAUUCAACCAUCCAAGGAAACAAGGAAGGACAAUCAGGUAUCAUAUUAUGAAAUGCCUUUUCUCCAAGUCAUACGGGGAUGCUUGCUACAGGGUCAUACAGGGAUACAUAGAGAAGAUAAUAUGGAGCUCUUAUAUGUCCUACAUGGUCAAGAAGGUGGGGUUACACAUGUUCAAUUCUCCAAAGAUGGGAAUUAUCUUUGGAAAAUAAUGAAAGAGGCAGAGGUAAUAAGAAGAGGAAAGGAAGAGAUGAGACUCCUUAUGACAGUAGAGGUUCAGAUCCAGCAUCUUGGAAAGUUCCUCAGAUUUCAUCUUUGUAAGGAAAACAAGGAUACACAACGUAAGGAAGACAGAAGGGCAAGAUUGCAGGCACAGUUCUCAUAG